AUGAUUGUCCCCGUCGCCUCCGCUCCAUCAAGUGCCGGCCGGAAGAUGACGGGCGACGCACUCACCGCCGACGACGAGGCGUCGAGAGUUGCCAGCCGCGGCGCUUCCUCCACAUCGUCCGCGUCAGAUGGUCGCCGCUCGACGGACAGCCUCGACUCGAUCCCCCCAUCCCCCGCGGAUGACGUGGCGAACCUUGCGCAAUCGGUUCCGCGCCGGUUCAGCGAAUGCAACCAUGAAGCCGUUGCGCGUGUUCAUGUAGGUUUGCACGUCAUUCCCUGCGGCCAUGCCGUUCCCGGACCUCGGCCAGAAGUGCUCAUGGUGAACUCGGUCCCCUCGAUGCAGACGCCCCCGCGUGAUGCCGACGUGGGACGGGAAGAAAAGGAGGCGAUUGCCGAGCCAAGCCCACGGGAAAGAUGGUCCGAGGAGGGCCAUGUUGCCACCAACGGCGGCGACGAGGCCGGGGGGGUGGCCGACGAGCGCCAUGGCGACGCUCCGGAUGGCGGGCUGCCCCUGGUGGAAACGGAACGGAGCAGAUUAAAGCUGCACAUUGAGACGUCGAUGAAGAACAUCCCCGACGAUAGCGACAUCGCCUUGGCCCAUGUUUUUCGAAGCAUGCCGACAGCCGCCGUCGUCACCGUCGGCCUCGACACCAUGGUGGAUAUAAUGGAAGGCCGAUCGGAGCCUUGUCCCAUGAAAAUGCUCAGCUUCGUUCACGUCGUCUACGCAAUGUCCAGCAUCAUAUACGAACAAGACGACGCCCCGAGGUACAACAGGCAAGACUACAUGCGAGUGGUCGGCAUGCUGUGGAAGCCGGUGGACGUCAAAGACGACGAUUUCACCCAACUCACCGACUCGUACCUGUCGCAGCCAGACUUUGAGGGCGGAAAAGGCCAAGGGUGGUCGUCGGACGGUCUGCACAGAAAUCGGUUCGACUCCUUGGUCUUUGUUGCCCAGUACUUCUUGGACGACUUGGAAGACUCGGCGCUCGACGACGAGAACCGAACGGAGGUCCAGGCGGCCGCCUUGUGCCUGGAGCAUCUCCGAGACGCCAGCUUGGAUGCGCUCGACGAGGGCGAUUACAAGACGGCGGCCUGCGACACGCUGACGGUGCUCGGGCGGCGGUACGGCGGCGUUGCCGGGUGGCAAGGGGCCGUGGGGGAGAUUCUGGACGACGUCUUGAAGCACUUUGUCACCCCGCGGCGGCUCGAGCUCGACUUGAUGCGAGUCGGCAAGAUGCGUCUCUCGCCGGGCGUUUACUGGGACGAGUACAUACCCUUUGUGCGGAGCCAGGUGGAUUCGCUGUUCGUCUCGUUCCACUUUGACGUCGUCGACAGCAACCCGCGACUGCGAUACUACCGGCACAGCCUGUUCUUGAUGAAGUUUAUUCUACAGUACCCCGAACCUGACGAAACGCUCAUCUUGGGCUAUUUCCAGGACGACGACUCCGACUGCACCGUCAACUUGUUCGUCGACGACGAGGACGCCGAAUGA